AUGAGGGUCUUGGGGGAUAAGUCGCCCCUUCGGAGGGCUCAGGGUUUGGAUUCGGCGCAGGAAUCCGAUGAUGAGUACAUCCCCACCAGGGACACCGAAUCGAGCUACCGUUCGGAAGCUCCCCCGGAGUAUUCGAAGGCAAGAUCACCAAGUCCAAGGAAAGCUUCCGAGGACUUUGGUUCCGAGGACGUCCCCAGCCGAGACCCCACCAUCCGAUUACUUUUCCAAAGAAUCCAGAAGAUGGAGGAAGACCGAACCCGAUCCCAGGUCCCUGACUGGGGAAAACUUCGACCCGGGCCCUUUACCGAGCGCAUCAAGAGGUCCAGACCGGACAGGGAGGUGCAGCCGUUGCGCAUACCCUUCUAUACCGGUGUGGAGGACCCUCUGACGCACCUUCACUCUUUCCAAUCGGCAGUUGGAUGUAAGGGCCUUAGCGACGAGGGACAAUGCCUGCUGUUCCCCUCGUCCCUUACCGGAGCUGCACUGAACUGGUUCUACCGUCUCGAACCAGGGGACGGUACACUCCUUUGA